ACGUACUAAAAAAAAAAAAAAAAAUUGGCAUCACCUGUGCAUUCCUGCAAAAAGUGCAAGCAGAAUUAAAAUUGCAAAUUAUACUUACAUUUAUAAAUUUGUUUACUUAUAUAUUAUAUAAAUUAAUAUUUAAAGUCAUGAACGUUUCAAACAUUGAAUCUAAAGGUAGCUGUGUAAAAGAGAAGUCAUCCAAGAAGUUCAACAUCCGAAGACUCCGCUUAUCAUUAAAAUAUAGACCUGAAAUUCUGAAGUUAAUCUUAAAAAUGAGGAUAUGUAUCAGAAAGAAAAACUUGAUGAUAUCAAAAUUAAAAAGCCACCUGAAGAAGGAAAAAAUUAGCAGCAGAAUAGACUCUUCAACACAGACUGAUGACUUAACAUUAAUUUCAAAUAUAAAUAGUACAGAAAAUACUCUAGAAGUAGAUUCCAAGACUUCGGGAAAGCUUGUUAAAGACUUACAUACACAAACAUUAGAUAUUAACACAAAUAGUGAUAUGAUAAAUUCAAAGACUGCCAAGUUAGAAAAUGAGGAAAAGGGAUGGAGUAUAGCUGAAGAAAAUGGUGAAAAUGAUAAAAGUAUAGCAGAUCAAGUGAAAGAGGUGGCUCAAAGUGCUUUACAAGAGUCAGGCAUGGUGUAUGUUGAGUCGGCUGGCAUGUAUUAUGAUUACAAAACAGGGUAUUAUUAUAAUCCAGAACUUGGUUUGUAUUAUCAUACAGACACAGAAUGUUAUUAUUACUAUUCAGAUGAGAAAAAAACUUUUGUUUUUCACUCAUAUCCUGAUCGCAGAGCUGUCAAUCCAGCACUGGAAGCUCAUGAAAAAAAGAAAGCCAAGAGGCAAAAAAGGGUAAUGAAAACAGAAGAAGAUCUUGAAAACCUGACGAAAAACUUCUCUCAGGAUAAAGAAGAGGAUCCAAGCGAAAAAGCCAGCAAGCCAAAACGCAAAAAGAUUAUAGAAAAGAAAAAAGAAAGUCUACCUGUUGAUCAGAAUAAUUCAGAAAAUAGUAAAAAGUCUGAUGAGAAAGAAAUAGAUAUAUUUACUGUUGAUGAAAAAGAGAAGGGCAGCACAAUAUCAGACAACCAACUUGAAGAUGGUGAAUGCAGUGAUACUGAUAGUGAAAAAUCAGAAAAUGAAGAUGUUCAAUCAAAUGCUAGUACUUCGACAGCUACUGACGAUGAAUCUGUAGCUAAACAUCACCCACCGUGCAUGCGUGUGAUUGUUCGAGAGACUAACCUACCGAAGCUCAAGAUCGGCAGUUUGUUCCUUAUUACCAAAGACGGCGGAACCAUUGGACGGGAAGGAGACCAACACGUAAUUUUAAUUAAGGACCAUAAUAUAUCAAGGACUCAUUUGGACAUACGAUAUGAUAUAACCAAUAGGUCAUAUCUGGCAACUGAUUUAGGGUCUAAAAAUGGCACUAUACUUAAUGGUGUUCGGAUGUCAGAAAGCCAAAUCGUCAGCGAACCUUUAGAAGUAUUGCAUGGUAGCACCAUACAACUGGGCGAGACUAAACUUCUCUGUCACAUACAUCCAGGAAUGGAUACUUGUGGUCACUGCGAGCCGGGAUUGUUGAUGGAAUCUCACGAAAAAGAGAAAGCGGUCGCGUAUACGCGUACGUGCAGCGUACAGAAGCAACACCAGCUGGAGUUGGCGCGGCUGAAGAACAAGUAUGCUCCACAGCCGCUCGCUAUAGAGGAGACCGCAUACAACGACAGGGCACAGGCGCGCCGCGACGCAGUCGGAUCAUCGCACCACUCUGAGAAAACACACAGCGCCGACGUCGAUACGUUUAUAGCACCAGAAAACAAAGGAUUUAAACUCCUGGAGAAAAUGGGCUGGUCGAAAGGCGAAGGCCUCGGCAAGGACAACCAAGGAGGCACAGAGCCGGUGCCCUUAAUUAGUAACGAGGGGAAGAUAGGCCUCGGAGCAACCUCGGGCGCUCCGUCUGCGCCUCCUAAGAACAUCAACCGACUCGGCUCAUCAACACUGCGCUUGGCAAACAGGAGCAAAAUGUUAAAACCACCCGCCAAAGCAUUCCAAGCUGAAGAUGAUGAUUCUGAAUAAAUUAUUCUUUUUUUAAUCUGUGUAAUGACUGAAUACAUUUAUCCUUCUCCAUCCCAUAUAGUAAGUUAAAUUUAAUAUUGAUUGAUUAAGUCUUUAGACGCUAUUUAUUUGUAUAUAGAAACAAGCAAACAAACUCACUUUCACGUUUAUAAUAUUAGAGAGAGUGCUAAUUUUCGUCAUCGAAUUUUUAUCAUCUAUCAUUAAUUCAAAUGUUAAUCUAAUUAAUAAAACCUGUAAAUAAUUCGUAUAAUAAUUUCUAAAAUUAAGUUAAUGAUUAUUUAUAUUAAAUAUAAGAAUAUAUGUG